AUUUAAAAUUGAAAAAGAAAAAAAAAACUGCAUCGCUCCAUGUGCCUGAGUAAAUCCAAUCUGUGUCGGAGUGACUCGUGUUUUUAGGUUCCUUCAUCAUCAUCAUCGUCCCAUUUCCACCCAAACAUUUUUAUUACCUUCUUCUUCUUUAACCAUAUUCUUAAUUCUUUCUUUCUCUCCUUUUUGUUCCUCCAAUCAUAGUGUAGAACAACUCAUAUCCACAACAUCGCUCACUAGAUCGAUCUACUCUCCAACACGAUUUGCAGGGUGCCAAUAAGAGCUAUUGUAGUAUUGGUAGAUGGCGCUCUCGGCUUCGAGGGCAAUGUCAAAAGGUGUAGUGAUAACAGUGCCUGUGUUGGUUCUUUCUGCUUUGGUGGCUGCUGUAUUUUUGUUCUUCUUGUUUUCCUCUCUGUCCUCUUGCUCCUGUCCUUCAACUUCAGGCCCGCCUGUAAACCCCAUCGCCAACGCCGUGAGUGUUGGUGGCACUGUGUCUGAUUCUGGCAGUGGUGGCUUUACUCUGUCAACAAGGAAGGAUGAUGUUGAGUGGGUGAAAAAUCAAAUCAUAGCAAACGGGCUUCAUAUGCAUGACAAUGUGCUUCGCAAGGGUAUUAACCCUCGGACUAGGGCUCAGCAACUUGAGGAUCUUAGACAAUUUAAGGGUAUAUCACACUAUGAGGGGGAUGGAUCAGAUAAUCACACUGCCCUUCCGUGCCCUGGGGAACUCCUUGUUGAAGAACACCAUAGCAACUAUGGCGAGCCUUGGGCAGGUGGAAGAGACGUUUUUGAGUUUCUUGCUCAAGCUAGUCAACUCCGACCCGACUCACAGGUCUUGGAGAUAGGUUGUGGUACGCUCCGUGUUGGUUUACAUUUCAUCCGAUAUUUAAAUCCUGAACACUUUCAUUGUCUCGAAAGGGAUGAGCUCUCUUUGAUGGCUGCAUUUAGAUAUGAGCUUCCUGCCCAAGGCCUCUUACACAAACGACCUUUGAUAGUUAAGGGGGAGGACAUGGAUUUCAGUAAGUUCGAUUCUGCCACAGUGUAUGAUUUGAUUUAUGCUAGUGCCGUGUUUAUUCAUAUGCCUGAUAAGCUCGUGUGGAUUGGAUUGGAAAGAUUAGCAUCUAAGUUGAGACCUUAUGAUGGACGAAUCUUCGUAUCACACAAUAUUAAGUUCUGUUCGCGAUUGGGUGGAGAGGAAUGCACAAAGAGGCUCACAAGCUUGGGGCUUGAGUAUCUUGGGAAGCAUACGCACGAUAGUUUGCUAUUCAAUCACUAUGAGAUAUGGUUUGAAUUUAGACGGUCAAAGGCUUAAAAAUUUAGCAAUUUUAUAGAAUGAAGCAUUUGAUAUAGCUCCGAAUUGCCUCAACUUGCUAAAUGUGGUUACGAUCACGAAGAAAACUCUUCAGCAAUGCAAUGAUGUUCUUGCUUCAAGUCUGGAGAGGUGGCAGUUUUACUGCUCAGUUUUUCAUCAAGUGCCUGAAAUCUGUAUACUCAUUUCAACAAUGCUAAAGAGAAAAAGGAUCAUCUGUAAUUGGAUUGAGGAGUUGACAAACCGAAGGAAAUUAGUUAUUUUUUGAGGGGUUUUAUGGUGAAAAUGGCUAGCUUGAUUGGUACAAACUUUUUAGUAUAGUUUCUAUGUAGGUUCUGAUAUGAUAGUUGUAUUUAGCAAGCAUAUUAUUUUGCAACUGAUUUUUGUUGUGACUGAAGUGGUGCAAAUUAUCAUGUGUAAUGCUCAGAAUUUUAAAUACUUGUCCAUUUUUUGAGGAUU